AUGAUACCUCUGCUUUUCCAGCGCAUGUUCAACAUGCCUGUCUUUGUGGAGGCGGCGCCCGACAGAGCCGAGCGUCAAAACAGCUCGUCCGAGCCACGUUUUAGACAAGAACUGGGGGGGACCCCGAAGAGACUCCCGAGUCGCGCGUCAACUUUUUGGACAACCCACCUGCUGAGCGCCAGGGGGCGUCUCUGUGCCCAACUGGUGCCCCCCACCCCACCCCCAUCCCCAACUGGUGCUCGCCUGUUGCGUUCGCCAGAUCGGCCGCCCCCAGCCCCGUCCCUCCCCAGGGGACCACCGCAGGCUGCCCUACGCCCCCUCCCCUGUGCUCCCGGGCCGGGCCGGUUCGAAGCCAGCCGUGCCACCCACGCCCACCCGAGCCAGCCGCGCCGGGCUUCGUUGGCAGCUGAUCGCCUCUACCCCUGGGCGAGCACGAACAUGAACCUGUGGCUCUUUCUGUCUCUCUGUGGGGCUCUGCUUGCACCUUUGGCUGCAGAACCAGGUAGCGAACCGACGCACGACCCCUUCAAUUAUGAUUAUCACACCCUGAGAAUAGGAGGGCUGGUUUUUGCCGUCGUCCUCUUCUUGCUUGGCAUUCUCAUUGUGCUCAGUCGACGCUGCCGUUGCAAAUUCAACCAGCAACAAAGGACGGGGGAACCUGAUGAAGAGGAAGGAACCCUGCGCAACUCAAUCAGGCGCCUGUCCACCAGGAUGAGAUAGAAGAAAAUCAGGACUGGUUGCCCCCGAGAUGCUGCCGUCAACUGGAUCUACACAGUGUUGCCCUCCCUGCACCACAGUCCUAGCUCUAGAUCCUUGCUGUCAAAGACCAGCUGGCCCAGGCAAAUCCCAGGCCUGGAGCCUUUGAGGCCAAGCCGAGCCCCAGCUAACUCACAGAGCCUCUCCUUGAGCUUUCUGCUUAGUCCCUCCUGCGCACUCUCACAGCGAUGAGGUUUACGUUGAAGCUUAAUAUUAGAGCUCGGCAAUGGGAAAUGCAGAGUUUGUAGGCAUCUCAAGCACUUCUUCCUUAAACUGUAAUAAAGAGCCUUCCCAAGAAAAUAGAGGUCCUGUCAAGGGAUAGCGCUGCUGCUGUGUGUACAAAGUGCCGUCAAGUCACAGUAGGGCAUUCAAGGAAUGAGACAAACCUGCUUCUGCGUAGCUACCUUGGAUACCUUUGGUGGUCUCCCAUCCAAGUGCCAACCAUGGCUGACCCUUGCUUAGCUUUUGAGAUCUGACCAGAUCAGGCUAGCCUGGACCACUGAGGUCAGGCCCCAGGUUUGGGAGCUUAAUCUUAUCCCAGGCUAUGAGGAUAGGAGGGGGACGGAGAUUUCUGGCCCCUUAGAGUGUAUGUCUUGUUUUCAAGAAGGAACUCCAAAGACAACCAUGCAAAAAUGAGGUGCUCUCUCAUUGGCCGGUCAGCCUUGCAAGCUACUAUUGCUGAGUGACGCACGAGCCGCAAGGGAGAAGCACCUGAUCCCAGUACUUGGACUAUUGUAGCCAAUUUCAACCCCAUCUGAGAGGGCAGGAGAUUCCUGCCAAGUCAACCUCAUCAUUCCCUUGGAGAAAAAACUGCCUCUUUGUUUCUUUACCUGUUGGGGUGAAUGAAUGAAUGAUGAGGAGUGAGGUUUGGCGUUUGGUGGGGCGGUCGAUUGGAUGAACCCACUUGGGAGCAGCUCAUGGGACAAUAUGGUUCCCAGACUGCCCUGUUCUCACCUGGUGGCUGCCCCUGAGGUACCAGGCGAGGCCACGGCUUCUGCUCCCAGCCCUCCACUUCUCUGUGGGUCCCCUGGUCCACUUUCUGGGUCAAAUUAGCGGUCUUCUCAUCACUGUGCUAGCAGAGAAAGAUCUGUGUUGAGUUCGGAGCCCUUCAGAAUAAUACAAAUUAAGCGGCAUCACAAAGAUGCCUUGAUUUUUCCCAUUCCUUCUCCCUGGCCUGUACUCCGUGCACAGUGGCUUGCAAUCCAAAUGCUGCUAGAAUUCCCCUUGGCUUCUCAUCUAGCAACGCCAGCCGGUCCGUCAGGAUUUGAAAACCCUUCAAACCCGGUAAUCUGGCACCAGACAGGAAGACUGGAGACAAUUUUCUUUCAAGUGGGGUUUGCGUGUGUUAUGGCAGUGCCAGAGACAGCCAUGGGGUGUGGCCUACUUUGUUCAUGAACGUUUGUGGCAAUGAGAUGACAUAAAAUAGAGGCAACGGUGCCUGCUUUAUGCCACCUUUGGCCCCCUGGGAAACUAUUUUCUUGGUUUAGCUUCCCAGCAUUUAGAUUAGUGAUACUCUGUGGCUCAGCAGACACAUGUGGCUCUUCAACAUACCACCUGUAGCUCUUCUGGGCACCGUUCCCCAGUGUGAAACCUGCCCCGUGUUUUAGGUAAGUAGGUAAGACUUUUGCCUGGAGCUUGUGGUUGACAGGUGGUUCCUACCUGGAAACAGCCACUGCUAGAAAGAGCGGGUAGACCAUUAGCCUCCCUGAAGGGAAGGGAAAUAAAUACGGCUCUUUUUGUUGAUGGAAUAAAUGCAAACGUGGCUCUCUGUGAGUCUCAGAGUAAGCUCCACUGAUCUAGAUCGAAGUACGAGAGUAUUCUUUCCCAGAGCCAUUUGCUUUCUCGCCAGCAGAGGGCAAUAGUGGCAUUCGCUAGCUACAUUUAAUCUGCUCACAGUGGGGUAAGAGAUUUAGCCAGCACCACCCGCUGUUUAGAACAGAUCCAUACAGGAAAACCGUCCCAUCCGGGCUCAUUUUCAUGGCUUUGCUGAUCGUUGUGUGUUGUUUCUUCUGAUCCCCGUGAGCCAAGCAAGUGCCUUUUACAACAAUAAAAUGCUACUUUCUCCAAA